ACAGGAAGUGGCGUGCCGUUCACCUUCUCGUCUCGGCGCCUCAGAGCCUUGAUGGCGAGCACGGAGGCGGCGAUGGUGAGGCAGAGCUCCAUGACGGACAGCACUAUCAGGACGCCGUUGAUGCCUCUCAGGAGCACCUCAGGAGAACCACAGAAGAUGUCAGCGGUGUUCCUCGGCAUGUCGUCCGGACUGCUCGGAUCCACCGGAGGAUGCUCCCCGUUCGGACGCCGCUGGGACGACCAUCGCUUGUUAUUUGGAUGUUGAGGGGAGAGAAAAAUGGCCACCGGCGAUGAAGGAGCAGCGGGAGCCGCGAUGACUUGCGGACGAACGCGUCGUAUGUAACCUAUAUGGAAGGACAUGGAGGGCCCCGCCCGGAGCUUUAAUCGACGCACCGCAGUCUCUCAUUCCGGGCCGAGUGUUUUCCUGUGACCGCUGCUGGCUGGGCGACCUUUGCCCUCAGCAAGCCGCUGAAGAUGAACAUGAUGAAGAGGAUCAUGGGGCGGCCGCGGCAGGAGGAGUGCAGCCCGCAGGACAACGCCCUGGGCCUGAUGCACCUUCGCCGCCUCUUCUCCGAGCUGUGCCACCCUCCUCGCCACAUGACCCAGAAGGAGCAGGAGGAGAAGCUCUACAUGAUGCUGCCCGUCUUUUACCGGGUGUUCGGGAACGCGCCGCCCAGCAGCAUGACGGAGAAGUUCUCGGACCUGCUGCAGUUCACCACGCAGGUGUCGCGACUCAUGGUGACCGAGAUCAGGCGGAGAGCCUCCAACAAGUCCACCGAGGCGGCCAGUCGAGCCAUCGUUCACUUCCUGGAGGUGAACCAGAGUGAGGAGGCCAGUCGUGGCUGGAUGCUCCUCACCACCAUCAACCUGCUGGCCUCCUCCGGGCAGAAAACGGUGGACUGCAUGACGACCAUGUCGGUGCCCUCCACGCUGGUCAAAUGUCUCUACCUGUUCUUCGACCUCCCCCACAUGGCCGAGGCCCCCGUCGGGCCCGCCCCGGCCCCACCGCCUCCGCCCCCGCCGCCCUCCUCCCAGGAGAAGACGCCGGCCCCGGGCCACGCCCCCACAGAGCCGCCCCUGGCCGACCGCAGAGCGCUGCUCCAGAAGGUGUUUGUCCAGAUCCUGGUCAAGCUGUGCACCUUCGUGUCGCCGGCCGAGGAGCUGGCCCAGAAGGACGACCUCCACCUGCUGUUCAGCGCCAUCACUUCCUGGUGCCCCCCCCACAACCUGCCCUGGAGGAGGAGCGCCGGCGAGGUCCUCACCACCAUCUCCCGACACGGCCUCAGCGUCAACGUGGUCAAGUACAUCCACGAGAAAAAAUGCCUGGCCACGUGCGUGCAGAACAUGCAGCAGUCGGACGACCUUUCCCCUCUGGAGAUCGUGGAGAUGUUCGCCGGCCUCUCCUGCUUCCUCAAGGACUCCAGCGACGUGUCGCAGACGCUGCUGGACGACUUCCGAAUGUGCCAAGGCUACAACUUCCUGUGCAAUCUCAUGCUCAGGUUGGAGCAGGCCAAGGAGGACGAGUCCAGAGACGCCCUGAAGGACCUGGUCAACCUGGUCACAUGUCUGACCACGUACGGCGUGACCGAGCUCAAGCCGGCCGGACUGACCACCGGCGCCCCCUUCCUGCUGCCCGGCUUCGUUCUCCCGCAGCCAUCUGGCAAAGGCCACACAGUCCGCAACAUCCAGGCCUUCUCGGUGCUGCAGAACGCCUUCCUGCAAGCAAAGACCAGCCGUCUGGCCUGCAUGCUGCUGGACGCGGUGGGCAACAUCUACGGCGCCGAGCCGGCCAACUACUUCAUCCUGGAGUCCCAGCACACGCUCUCGCAGUUUGCCGAGCGGGUGGCCAAGCUCCCCGAGGCCCAGGCCAAGUACUUCGAGCUGCUGGAGUUUGUGGUCUUCAGCCUCAACUACGUGCCGUGCAAGGAGCUGUUCAGCGUCAGCGUGCUGCUCAAGGCCAGCACCUCGCACGCCUGCAGCAUCACGGCCGUGCGCACGCUGCUCAAGCUGGCGCGCCACGACCUGGUCUUCAGCGACGUGCUGAGGGAGGUGGGCCUGCUGGAGGUGCUGGUCAACCUGCUGCACAAGUACGCCGCCUUGCUUAAGGACCCGGCCGCGCAGCAGCAGCACCAGCCGCCUCAAGACAACGACCAGGCCGAGUGUAAAAACAACACCGUGGCCGAGGAGCAGAAGCAGCUGGCCUGGCUGGUCAUGGAGACGCUGACGGUGCUCCUGCAAGGCUCGCACACCAUGAACACCAACGCAGCGCUGUUCCGGGAGUUUGGGGGCGCCCGCUGCGUGCACAACAUCGUCAAGUACCGCCAGUGCCGGGAGCACGCCCUGCUCAUCAUCCAGCAGCUGGUCCUGUCGCCCAGCGGGGACGACGACAUGGGCACCCUGCUGGGCCUCAUGCACUCGGCGCCGCCCCGCGAGCUCCAGCUCAAGACGGACAUACUGCGGGCUCUGCUGGCUGUGCUGCGCGAGAGCCACCGCACGCGCACCGUCUUCCGCAAGGUGGGCGGCUUCGUGUACGUCACCUCGCUGCUGGUGGCCAUGGAGCGCUCGCUGUGCCAGCCGCCCCGGCUGGGCUGGGAGCGCGUCAACCAGAACCAGGUCUUCGAGCUGCUGCACACCGUCUUCUGCACGCUCACGGCCGCCAUGCGCUACGAGCCCGCCAACUCCCACUUCUUCCGAACGGAGAUCCAGUAUGAGAAGCUGGCAGACGCCGUGAGGCUGCUGGGCUGCUUCUCCGACGUCAAGAAACUGGGCCCGACGGGCGUCUUCCCGUCCAACUCGGAGCCCUUCCAGAGGCUCCUGGAAGAGGAGGCCGCUCCCGGAGGAGAGAGCGUGUGUCCGACCCUCAAACACUGCGGCAAGCUCUUCAUCUACAUGUACAAGAUGGCCACCGACUCCUUCGACAGCCGGGCGGAGCAGGUUCCUCCCUGCCUGACUCACGAGACCUCGCUGCCCUCGCCGUGGGGCACCCCCGCCCUCGCCAGGAAGAGACACGGCUACCACGGUUCAUCGGGCCCUCCGGCGCCAAUCAAGCUGCUCAGCGACCUGAAGCUGCACGUGCCCGGCCCCUCCUCGUCUUCCAGCGAGAUGGUGGUCAUCCACCCGGGGGGCGUCCUCGCCAUUCUCGACCUGCUGCCCUCCGUCUGCUCCGACAGCCAACCUGAGCACGCCCUCGACCUUCAGCUGGCGGUGGCCAACAUCCUGCAGCUGCUGGUCAACAGCGAGAGGAACCAGCAGGUCCUGUGCGAGGCGUCCCUCCAUCAGCGGCUGCUGCUGCGCUGCAGCCAGGCUCUGGGCGACGAGGACCACCCGCUGCACCCCCCGCUGCAGCGCAUGUUCGAGAGGCUGGCCUCGCAGGCGCUGCAGCCAAUGGCGCUCAGGGAGUUUCUGCGUCUGGGAAACCCGCUGAACUGCGGCGCGUGGGACAAGAAGCUGCUGAAGCAGUACCGCGUGCACAAGCCCAGCUCGCUCAGCUACGACGCCGAGAUGAGAAGCAGCAUGACCACGUCCAUGGAGGGCUUCGGCGCCGACAGCGUCUUCGCCACGCCGGCCGAGGACAACGGGCAGUACCGCAUCAGCCGCAGCCUGGUGCGCUCGGCCGAGGGCAGCACGGUGCCCCUGACCCGCGUCAAGUGCCUGGUGUCCAUGACCACGCCCCACGACAUCCGCCUGCACGGCUCGGCCGACACGCCCGCCUUCGUGGAGUUCGACACCUCGCUGGAGGGCUUCGGGUGUUUGUUCCUGCCCAGUCUGGCGCCCCACAACGCCCCCACCAACAACGCCAACGCCUCGGGGGUCAGUGACGGGGCGGUGCUGAGCGGGAUGGGCGCAGGGGAGCGCUUGUUCCCCCCACCCUCCGGCCUCAGCUACUCCACCUGGUUCUGCGUGGAGCGCUUCAGCGGGGCGCCUCAGGCCCACCCGGUGCGCCUGCUGACGGUGGUGCGACGGGCCAACUCCUCGGAGCAGCACUACGUGUGCUUGGCCGUGGUGCUGUCGGCCAAGGACCGCUCGCUCACCGUGUCCACCAAGGAGGAGCUGCUGCAGUCGUACUCGGACGAGUCCAGCGAGGAAGCGUCCUUCUACGAGAUCCUGCCCUGCUGCGCCCGGUUCCGCUGCGGCGAGCUCAUCGUGGAGGGCCAGUGGCACCACCUGGUGUUGGUGAUGAGCAAGGGCAUGCUGAAGAACAGCAUGGCCACCCUCUACCUGGACGGACAGCUCAUCAACACCGUCAAGCUUCACUACGUCCACAGCGUCCCGGGAGGCUCCGGCUCCGCCAACCCGCCGGUGGUCAGCACGGUGUACGGCUACGUGGGCACGCCGCCGGCUCAGCGCCAGCUCUCCGGCCUGGUGUGGCGCCUGGGUCCCAGCCACUUCCUGGAGGAGGUCCUGCCCGCCGCCAGCGUCACCGCCAUCUUCGACCUGGGACCCACCAACGUGGGGAGCCUGCAGGCCGUCUACCCGCCCUGUAAGGACUCCAAGACGGAGAUGACGCCGGCCGCCCCCGUGGCGCUGGUGCCGGAGGAGAAGGUGUCGUUCAGCCUCUACGCCGUCUCCGUCUCCACCCUGACGGUGGCCAAGAUCAGGAAAGUCUACAACAAACUGGACAGCAAGGCCAUCGCCAAGCAGCUCGCCGUGUCGUCUCAUGACAACGCCACGCCGGUCAAGCUGAUCCAUAACGCCGCCGGCCACCUCAACGGACCGGCUCGCACCGUCGGGGCCGCGGUCAUCGGCUACUUAGGCGUGCGCGCCUUCUCCCCCAAGCCCGUCGCCACCAACCUGCAGUACGUGGGCGGGGCGGCAGCCAUCUUGGGCCUGGUGGCCAUGGCGUCCGACGUGGAGGGUCUGUACGCGGCGGUCAAAGCGCUGGUGUGCGUGGUGAAGAGCAACCCGCUGGCCAGCAAGGAGAUGGAACGCAUCAAGGGAUACCAGCUGUUGGCCAUGCUGCUGAAGAAGAAGCGCUCGCUGCUCAACAGCCACAUCCUCCAUCUCACCUUCUCCCUGGUGGGCACGGUGGACAGCGGCCACGAGACCUCCAUCAUCCCCAACUCCACCGCCUUCCAAGACCUCCUCUGCGACUUUGAGGUUUGGCUGCACGCUCCCUACGAGCUCCACCUGUCCCUCUUUGAGCAUUUCAUCGAACUGCUGACCGAAUCCAGCGAGGCGGCCAAAAACGCCAAACUUCUGCGGGAGUUCCAGCUCAUUCCCAGGCUGCUGCUGACCCUGAGGGAUGCCUCCCUGUCGCAGCCCACCGUGGCCGCCAUCAGCAACGUGCUGAGUCUGCUGCUGCAGGGCUUCCCCAACCCUUACGACCUGCUGCGGUUCGGCCAGUUCAUCUCUUCCACUCUGCCCACCUUUGCCGUGUUUGAGAAGUUUGUGGUCAUGGAGGUCAACAACGAGGAGAAGAUGGAUGGAGGUAACGACGACGACUUUGGGGGCCUCCUGUCCGCCAACCUGAUUCUGCUGAGGAACCGCCUGUUGGACAACCUGCUACGACUCCUUUUCACCAGCAAGGAGAAGUGCACAGUCAACGCACAGGCGUGCGAGGAACUGGUGCGCACUCUGGGCUUCGACUGGCUCCUGAUGUUCAUGGAGGAGCACCUCCACUCCAGCACGGUGGCGGCCGCUCUGUGGAUCCUGGUGGUCCUGCUCUCAAACCAGUCCACCCUCAACCGCUUCAAGGAGGGCCUGUGCGGCGGGGGCUGGCUGGACCACACCGACUCGGUCCUGACCAACAAGAUCGGCACGGUGCUGGGCUUCAACGUGGGCCGCAGCGCCGGGGGCCGCUCCACCGUGCGGGAGAUCAACCGGGACGCCUGCCACUUCCCGGGAUUCCCGGUGCUGCAGACGCUGCUUCCCAAGCACACCAACGUGCCGGAGCUCUACUUCCUGUUGAUGGCGCUCUUCCUGCAGCAGCCCGUCACCGAGCUGCCAGACAGCCUGCAGGUACAUUUUGACCUGGACUCCAUCUGGACCUUCAUCUUCGGGCUGCCGGCCUCCAGCGGGACGGUGGUGGGGUCCAUCCACAGCGUGUGCACCGAGGCCGCCUUCCUGCUGCUCGCCAUGCUGCGGAGCAUGCUCAACCUGCCAUGGCAGUCAGAAGAGGAGGGGUCCUGGCUCCGGGAGUACCCGGUGACGCUCAUGCAGUUCUUUCGCUACCUGUACCACAACGUCGCCGACCUGGCGCCCAUGUGGCACAGCCCCGAGUUCCUGUGCGCCCUGGCCGCCACCGUCUUCCCCUUCAACAUGCGACCGUACUCGGAGAUGGUCAGCGACCUGGACGACGAAGCCGGGUCGCCCAUCGAGGAGUUCAAGUCCUUUGCGGCGGACUCGGGGAUGAACCGCAGCCAGUCGGAGUACUGCAACGUGGGCUCCAAGACCUCGCUGACCAACCACCCCGCCAAGAAGUACGUCUUCGACUUCAUGAGGGUCCUCAUCAUGGACAACCUGUGCGUGACGCCCGCCAGCAAGCAGACGCCCGUCGUGGACCUGCUGCUGGAGGCGUCCCCGGAGCGUUCCACCAGAACUCAGCAGAAGGAGUUCCAGUCCAACAUCCUGGACGGCGUCAUGGAGCACCUGCUGGCCGCCGACGUUCUACUCGGCGAGGACUCCACGCUGCCCCUCAGCAGUGGCGGCAGCUACCACACCCUGGUCCACAACGUCUUCUACUUCAGCCAGCGUGUGGUGGACAAGCUGUGGCAGGGCUUGUUCAACAAGGACUCCAAGCUGGUGGUGGACUUCAUCGUGCAGCUCAUAGCGCAGUCCAAGAGACGCUCGCAGGGUCUGUCGCUGGACCCCAUCUACCACUGCCUGAACCGCACCGUGCUCUACCAGCUCUGCCGCCCCCACAAGACGGUGGCCCAGCAGGUGGCGCUGCUGGACGCCCUGCGGGUGCUCACCGUCAACCGGAACCUGGUUCUGGGGCCGGGCAACCACGACCAGGACUUUGUGGCCUGCCUGGCUCACUGCUUCAUCUGCCUGCACUCUGGGAGCGGCGUGGAGGGCUUCGGUUUGGAGGCGGAGGCCAGGAUGACCACGUGGCACGUCAUGAUGUCCCCGGAGAACGAGAACGACGCGGCCAAUAACCACGACGUCAGCGAGGGGCGACAGCUCCUGCUGAAGGCGGUGAACCGCGUGUGGACGGAGCUGAUGCACAGCAAGCGUCAGAUGCUGGAGGACAUCUUCAAGGUGUCUCUGCCCUGCAACGACAGGGGACACGUGGACAUCGUCACGGCCCGCCCCGCCCUGGAGGAGCCCGCCCUCAAGAGCUGGCAGAACCACCUGGUUCACGAGAAGAAGUGCAUCAGCCGCGGCGAGGCGGUGGCGCCGGCCAACCAGUCCAAGCUGUCCCGGGUGAGCAGCGGCUUCGCCCUGUCCAAGCUGACGGGCGUGCGGCGCAACAAGAAGGAGAACAGCCUCAACAAGAACAGCCUCUCGGCGCAGGAAGCUUUCCAGUGGAUGUUCACGCACAUCGCCGUGGUCCGAGACCUGGUGGCCUUGCAGUACAAAGAACAUCAAGAGCGGCAGCAGAACGCCCUCAAGUACGUGACGGAGGAGUGGGCGUCCAUCGAGUACGAGCUGCUGCGCGAGCGGGGCCUCUGGGGGCCCCCCAUCGGCUCCCACCUGGACAAGUUCGUGCUGGAGAUGACGGAGGGCCCGUGUCGCAUGAGGAAGAAGAUGGUGCGCAACGACAUGUUCUACAUCCACUACCCGUACAUACCAGACACCGACAACAACACCCACUCGGCUCAGAAGCCCGUACGCUACCGCCGCGCCAUCAGCUACGACAGCAAGGAGUACUACGUGCGGCUGCUGUCGGGCAACCCGGGCAUGUACCAGCACUCGGUGGAGCACAGCACCGAGGGGGAGACGGCGCCGCACGAGCCCGAGCACGGCGAGGACACCAUCGCCAGGGUCAAAGGCCUGGUCAAGGCGCCCCUCAAGAGGUCUCGCUCCACGGCGGACGGCGGCGACGAGGACGGCCAGGAUCAGAUCCAGGAGCCGCCGCUGGAGUCGGGGGGGCCCGAGGAGGAGCAGCGGACCGACAACACGUCUCUGCUGCGCCUCCUGGAGGAGGGCGAGAAGAUCCAGCACAUGUACCGCUGUGCCCGCGUGCAGGGCUUGGACACCAGCGAGGGUCUGCUGCUGUUCGGCAAGGAGCACUUCUACGUCAUCGACGGCUACACCAUGACCGUGUCCAGGGAGAUCAGGGACAUCGACACCCUGCCCCCCAAUUUGCACGAGGCCAUCAUCCCCCGAGGAGCCAGGCAAGGUCAAAGCCAGCUGAAGCGAACGUGCAGCAUCUUCGCCUACGAGGACAUCAAGGAAGUACACAAGCGACGCUACCUGCUCCAGCCGAUGGCGGUGGAGGUGUUCUCAGCAGACGGGAGGAACUACUUGUUGGCUUUCCAAAAAGGAGUCCGCAACAAAGUCUACCAAAGGUUCCUCGCGGUGGUGCCGUCGCUGGCGGACAGUUCAGAGUCUGUGUCGGGACAGAGACCCAACACCAGCGUGGAGCAGGGGUCGGGUCUCCUCAGCACCCUGGUGGGAGAGAAGUCUGUGACUCAGAGGUGGGAGCGGGGGGAGAUCAGUAACUUCCAGUACCUGAUGCAUCUCAACACGCUGGCGGGACGCUCCUACAACGACCUGAUGCAGUACCCCGUCUUCCCUUGGAUCCUGGCCGACUUCGACUCCGAGGAGCUGGACCUGAGCAACCCGAAGACCUUCCGGAACCUGGCCAAGCCGAUGGGAGCUCAGACCGACGACAGGCUGACCCAGUACAAGAAGCGCUACAAGGACUGGGAGGACCCCAACGGAGAAACUCCCGCCUACCACUACGGCACCCACUACUCCUCCGCCAUGAUCGUGGCCUCCUACCUGGUGCGCAUGGAGCCCUUCACCCAGAUCUUCCUCAGACUCCAGGGAGGACAUUUCGACCUGGCCGACAGGAUGUUCCACAGCGUGCGCGAAGCCUGGCUCUCCGCCUCCAAGCACAACAUGGCCGACGUCAAGGAGCUCAUCCCGGAGUUCUUCUACCUGCCCGAGUUCCUGCUCAACUCCAACAACUUUGACCUGGGCGCCAAGCAGAACGGCACCAAGCUGGGUGACGUUAUCCUGCCUCCUUGGGCCAAGGGCGACCCGCGGGAGUUCAUCCGGGUCCACAGAGAGGCGCUGGAGUGCGACUACGUGUCGGCUCACCUCCACGAGUGGAUCGACCUGAUCUUCGGCUACAAGCAGCAGGGACCGCCCGCCGUGGAGGCGGUCAACGUCUUCCACCACCUGUUCUACGAGGGCCAGGUGGACAUCUACAACAUCAACGACCCGCUCAAGGAGACGGCCACCAUCGGGUUCAUCAACAACUUCGGACAGAUCCCCAAGCAGCUGUUCAAGAAGCCCCACCCUCCAAAACGAGUCCGCAGUAAAGCCAACGGUGAGAUGGCCAACGUUCCGCCGAGCUCCACCAGCGACAAGAUCUUUUUUUACCACCUGGACAACCUCAGACCUUCGCUUGCGCCCGUCAAAGAGCUGAAAGAGCCCGUGGGUCAGAUCGUGUGCACGGACAAAGGCAUCCUUGCCGUGGAGCAAAACAAAGUCCUGGUUCCGCCCACGUGGAACAAGGCCUUCGCGUGGGGCUACGCCGACCUCAGCUGCCGCCUGGCCAACUACGAGUCCGACAAGGCGUUGGUGGUUUACGAGUGCCUGUCCGAGUGGGCCCAGAUCCUGUGCGCCAUCUGCCCCAACCCCAAGCUGGUCAUCACGGGCGGGACCAGCACCGCCAUCUGCGUCUGGGAGAUGGGGACGUCCAAAGAGCGGGCCAAGUCCCUCACACUCAAACAGGCGCUGCUGGGUCACACGGACGCCGUCACAUGUCUGACCGCGUCGUCGGCGUACCACAUCGUGGUGAGCGGGUCCCGGGACAGAACGUGCAUCGUGUGGGACCUCAACAAGCUGUCCUUCGUCACGCAGCUCAGGGGCCACCGGGCCCCCGUCUCCGCCCUGUGCAUCAACGAGCUAACGGGUGACAUCGUGUCAUGCGCCGGCACCCACAUCCACGUGUGGAGCAUCAACGGGAGCCCCAUCGCCAGCGCCAACACCUUCACCGGACGCAGUCAGCAGAUCUCCUGCUGCUGCGUCUCCGAGAUGAACGAGUGGGACACGCAGAACGUCAUCGUCACCGGGCACUCGGACGGCGUCGUCAGGUUCUGGAGGAUGGAGUUCCUCCAAGUCCCGGAGACCCCCGCCCCCGAACCCGUGGAGCCCGACGUUCCCGACUGCUGCGGCGACGAGAAGCUGGAGGGCGGCACCGGGGGCGGCGGCGGCACCGGGGGCGGUGCCAACGGAGACGACGACAGCAGCGAGUCGGACGGGGACGAAGGCAGUCUGAGUCAGGAACACAAGAGCCCCCGCAACCCGUCUAGUGGGGGGGGGAGUCAGCCCGGCAGCGCCGUGCACAGACCCCGAGGCCCGUCGGCGCGCGCGGGGGCGUCGUGGUCGAUGGACAGCGGCUCGGAUGAUUCCCACCGCUGGUCCGAUAGCCUCAGCAUCGACGAGAAGGACGGCUUCGUCUUCGUCAACUACUCGGAGGGACAACAACACGGCAAGGGCCCGGCGCACCCCCACCAGGCGCCCCACCAGGCGCCCCCCAACGCCGUCACCCACCUCCUUCACCCCCCCGCCGCGGAGGCGCGCACGUACAACCAGCUGAGGGCAGGCUACCGGUGGGAACGCCAGCUGGUGUUCCGCAGCAAGCUGACCAUGCACACCGCCUUCGACCGCAAAGACAACGCGCAGCCCGCCGACAUCACCUCGCUCGCCAUCUCCAAGGACCACAGCAAGAUCCUGGUGGGCGACGGACGGGGGCGUGUCUUCAGCUGGUCGGUCAGCGACCAACCGGGUCGCUCGGCCGCCGACCACUGGGUGAAGGACGAGGUGGUGGACAGCUGCUCCGGGUGCGCCGUGCGCUUCUCCCUCACCGAGCGACGCCACCACUGCCGGAACUGCGGGCAGCUCUUCUGCCAGAAGUGCAGCCGCUUCCAGUCGGAGAUCCGGAGGCUCAAGAUCUCGUCCCCGGUGCGCGUUUGUCAGAACUGCUACUACAACCUGCAACACGAGCGUGGCAACGGGGGGGGCGGCGAGGACAAGAACUGACGAGCCCCCCCCAGCCCCAGCCCCACCCCCACCCCCAACAAACUUGUGGAUAUUGUACAUAGCAGGAGAGACCUUUUUAACUGAAGCAAGAGAGCGUCAUAACAACCACACACCACAGGAGGGCGCCAUUGCGGCAAUGAAUGUCACUACUUCAUAUGUCACUACUCCUUAUGCAAAACCUGCCUUUUUUUUUUUUUUUUUGCCAAAUCAGCAAAAUUAUUUUGUUCUUGAAAACCUAAGUUGCUGCUUCCUGAAGACUGGACAAGAAAUCCUUUCAGGUUUUUUUUUUUUUUUUUUUUUAUAGAUAUAUAUUAAAAAAAAUAAUCAUAUCUCUAUCUUUAUCUUUAUCUGCAGAUGUUUAACAAAGUGCACGUCACGUAUCGUCCGUUGUAGCCGCGCCGUUUAGUUACUGUACAGACUUUUCUACCAAAAGGGACUCUUGUGUAUUGUCGUUUUUCUUUUUAAUAUAUCGUUUUGUUAACUCCGCCCGAGCGCAGCCACGCCUCCCCAUUUCCCAAGCUUCUUUUGUGCCAAAAAUUUGACUGAAAACGCUUAAAAUAAAAUAAAAUAAAAUAAAAUAAAAUAAAAUAAAAUAAAACCGUGCCACGUGUUAUUAUUGUGGUCGUCACCACUAGACGGAGCUUCAGGAGCUUCUCACCGUAAUUUCACUUUUUUUUUAAAUUUUUUUGGCACAAAUGGAAGCAGCUUGACGAGGCGACCCGCGUUUCCUCCACAUACUCGUUCCGAGUAACGGCGCCGUACUGUAAGUUAGCGUGCAAUCAGGCCGCAAUCAGGCCGUCGUGUUUUUGUUUUUAUAUGAAAUACAUUUUAACACAGCAUUUGACGGCAGAGACAGGAAGUGUACAAAGUAUUUAUGCAAUUUUUUUUUUUUUUUUUUUUGAAGAGGAAUACCAUGCAUGUGGAUGGCAUUACUUCCUGUCCUCUUCUUCUUUGCUGCUUUUGGGGAAAUAAGACUUCCUUUAUGUCCCUCAACACUCGGAAUUAUUAUUUUUGGGGGUUGGAAUUCUUUCCAGAACAAACACGGACAAUACGGACAGAUGGAGAGACGAGCAAGGAAGAACAAAGUAAAAGGAUAUUUGCUACGAGGUUAGCGGGACAAUACUACAGUAUCCGGUGUGCAAUCUGUGAUAGAUGAAUGUUUCUUCUUGUAUAUUUGUGUUCACAUGCAACAGGAGGAGAAAAAAAAAAAAAAAACGAUGUUGUAACACCUCCACCCGCCCCCCGCCCCCCCACCCAUCACGGAAACAAGAUGAUACCGUAAUGCAAUAGGUCUGGUACUUUUCCAUUUAAUUUCAAUAAAUACUUGCUGUUUACCACCAAGUCUGACUUUCAGGCCUACAUUUGCAUUGACAUGGUAAACUUACCGCCACCUUGUGGACUUCAUGAGAAGUACAUGAAUGGAUUUACACUGAGGAUAAAUAUGGACAUUCAUUCACCCAAUUUAUUCAAACUCAGGAAAAAAAACAUUAAAAAAACACAGAAU